AUGGGGAUAUUCUAUGGCAUGCUGGCCAGGGGCAACGUGGUGUUGGCGGAGUUCAGCGCCAUGCCAACGAAUGCGAGUGCAAUAGCGAGGCAGAUUCUGGAGAGACCACAACAGGGAAUCAGAGAUAGCAAUGCCUCGUAUUCCCAUGAUCGUUACAUUUUUCACGUCAAAAGAACCGACGGCCUCACCGUUCUUUGCAUGGCCGACGACGCCUUUGGACGGAGAAUCCCUUUUGCAUUUCUUGAAGAUAUUCAUCAAAAGUUUGUGAAGACUUAUGGCCAUGCUAUUCUUUCUGCUCCUGCUUAUGCUAUGAAUGAGGAAUUUUCAAGGAUCUUGAGCCAGCAGAUGGACCAGUACUCAAAUGAGCCAAAUACCGAUAGGUUAAAUCAUUUGAAGGGUGAAAUGAGUCAGGUGCGAAGCGUCAUGAUCGACAACAUUGAAAAAGUCUUGGACAGGGGUGACCGCUUGGCCUUGCUGGUUGAGAAAACUACCACAUUUCAAGGGAGUGCAGUUCGCUUCAAAAGGCAUUCACGUCGUUUCAAAAAUACUUUGUGGUGGAGAAAUGUCAAGCUCACGUGUUCCUUGGUAUUUGUUGUCUUGAUCAUCAUUUAUGUUGUGCUUGCAUUUCUCUGUCAUGGCCCUUUGCUGGCUUCUUGCUUGAAGUAA